UGUCCGCCAAACUUGAAUGUUUUUUUCUAAAUUUAACACUUCUGAAAUAAUUAUUGAAGUAUCACCGAACACUUACUGAAGUACGGAACAGUAUUUGAGUAUUACAGAAAUAUUACCUGAAUAUAGUAUUAUUGAGCUUUACUGAUAUUACAGAAGUGUCACAGUUUUCUUCUUGUGCAAUCUCUAUGUUUUAGUAGUUUGUUAAAAAGAAAAAAAAACUCUAUGACACAAUCCGUUAUUAUACAAGUUGGCCAAUGUGGUAACCAAAUAGGACGUCAAUUCUGGGAUUUAGCUCUCCAAGAACAUGCUAGAACUAACAAAAAAGGUCUCUACAAUGAAGCUGUGAGUAGUUUCUUCCGCAAUGUUGACUCUCGGACUGAUUGCUCCAUUGAUACUGACACCAGCAGAAAAAUACACACUUUGAAAGCACGGGCUGUCUUGGUUGACAUGGAAGAAGGUGUUGUCAGUGAGCUUUUGAGAAGUCCUUUAGGAGAACUCUUUGACCACCAACAACUCAUCACAGAUGUCUCUGGAAGUGGCAACAAUUGGGCUGUUGGAAACAAGAUGUAUGGCCACCAUUACCGAGAAGCAAUUCUAGAAUCUGUGAGACGAGCAGCAGAAUUCUGUGAUUGUCUUCAGUGUUUUUUUAUCAUCCAUUCCAUGGGAGGAGGUACAGGUGCUGGUGUGGGAACAUAUAUUUUGGACCUGCUUAACGAUGAAUUCCCUGACGUCUACAGAUUUGUCAAUGCCCUGUACCCCUCUGCAGAUGAUGAUGUUAUCACCUCGCCAUAUAACAGUGUCCUAGCCAUGCAUCAGUUGACAAACAAAGCUGAUUGUGUUCUGCCAAUUGAGAACCAGGCUUUGGUAGAUAUUGUGGACAAAAUUGGUCAAGCAGUUCCAUGUGCGAAGUCAGGGAAGAGAACUUACAAUAGUAAAAUUCUACUAAACACUGCCAUCUGUGCAACCAAUACCAAGUUAUCCAAGCUAACCAAACAAAAGCCUUUUGACUCAAUGAACAACAUUGUUGCUAAUUUGAUACUUAACAUGACCAGUUCAUCUCGGUUUGAAGGUUUGUUAAAUGUUGAUUUAAAUGAAUUAGCCACAAACCUGGUUCCUUACCCAAAACUUCAUUACCUUGUGGCCAGUCAAACUCCCCUCUAUGCAUUAGCUGAUGUCAACAUUGCUCCACGUCGUCUUGACCAAAUGUUCUCUGAUGCAUUUUCAAAGGACCAUCAACUGAUAAAAGCUGACCCCAAACACAGUCUUUACCUUGCAUGUGCCCUCAUGGUGCGAGGAAAAGUGAGUAUUUCUGACAUGAGAAGAAAUAUUGAAAGACUAAAAAGCAAGUUGCAGUUCAUCAGUUGGAACAAGGAGGGAUGGAAAACCGGUCUGUGUUCUGUUCCACCUGUGGGUCACCCAUAUUCUUUGUUAACACUAGCAAACAACACUUGCAUCCAACAGACAUUUGGAGAUCUCCGGGACAGAUUUAUGAAGCUUUACAGACGCAAGGCCCACCUUCACCAUUAUACUAUGGUUGAUGGUAUGGAACUGCAGGAAUUUACUGACAGCUAUAACAGUCUUGAAGACAUUAUUAAAGAAUAUACUGAGCUGGAGAAACAACUGGAAAACCCUGGUCCUUGUGUACCUCGUCUACAAGUUGUCAGCUAGCUUCCUACCUAAAUAGACAGGAGGAAGGUACUGUAAGAUGAUGGCUAAAAUAACACUGGAUGUUUCACCAAAAGACAUACCUAUACUCAGUAGGAAGGAUUAUAUAUGUGAUCUUUUGGAGAAAAUGAACCAAUUUGUACAUAGAAUGCAGUGGAAAGCCUUCUUUGAUAAAGAUUUUAAACCAAAUGACAAACUUGAACAUGGUGACCUACUGAGAAGAGUAUUCAAAUAUAGAAGGAACCAUCCAACUAACCAACACCUAACCAGAUUUGAAGAGGAAUUAUAUAAGACAGUUAAGAACGUGAAGUUCAGGAAGUACCCCAGAAGAUGUAAUCAUCAUCAUCAUCAUCGUUUAACGUCCGCUUUCCAUGCUAGCAUGGGUUGGACGAUUUGACUGAGGACUGGUGAAACCGGAUGGCAACACCAGGCUCCAGUCUGAUUUGGCAGAGUUUCUACAGCUGGAUGCCCUUCCUAACGCCAACCACUCAGAGAGUGUAGUGGGUGCUUUUACGUGUCACCCGCACGAAAACGGCCACGCUCGAAAUGGUGUCUUUUAUGUGCCACCCGCACAAGCCAGUCCAGGGGCACUGGCAACGAUCUCGCUCAAAAAUCCUACAGGAGCCAGUCAGGCGGUACUGGCAACAUCAGCAGAAAAUCAGAAAAUUACUUGUCGACUUCAAGAAAGCUCCGGGGAUACUUGUACCAGCAGACAAAAGAUGUAACAUUUACAUUGUUGAUAUUGAGUUAUAUAAGUCUAUGAUUAGGAAGGAAUUACGCAGCAAAUAUAGACACACUAGUAAUGACGUACUAGAAAGAAUUAACAAUACAGGACUACAAAUUGUCAGAGAUUUAGCUCUCAAAAACCCCAGAUUAUGCUUAAGGACCAUAAACCUAACUUUCUUAUUGACUCCUCAGAUUGAUUUGUCCUUCUAAAUCUGAUAUAGGCAUUAUUAGUAAAAAAAAUCAUUAAUAAGGUAAUACCCGCCCUUAAGUCUAAAAUUAGAUUAGCCCAAUGCCCAAGAGGUGGUUGGAUGGUUUAAGUUUCUAGAAAUUAGUAAGAAUAGUAAAUUCUUGCAACUAGAUAUAGAGAGCUUUUAUGCCUUUAUUAACCUGAUUGUCCUUAAUCAAGCCUGGAUUUAUAGCAUGAAAAAUCCAAAAUUGUCCUGAUGCAAAAUAGAUAUUAUACUUGCCGUGUGAGCCACUCUAGUAGAUUUUGAUGGUAGAUUAGAUAGGGAGAAUGCAUUUGAUAUAGGAAUGGGCUCAUACGAUUCCACACAGUUCACUGACCAAGUCAGAAUAUAUAUCUUUUCAUUAAUCCAAUCUUUCUUUCCGGAAGUAACAGGGGGUCUACAUAGGGAUGAUGCCUUAUUUUUUCUGGACUGAAGUAGUAAAGUAAAAUUAGAAAGGCAUGGGAAAAAUUGCUUUAAACUUUUUAAAAAUUUAGGACUAAACAUAUUACUAUGGGUAAAGAUUAUUGUAGAGUGAAUUUUUUUGAUGCUACCUUCUGUCUUGAUACUGGAUUAUUUGAACCAUUAGCAAACAUACGCAUCUAAAUACUAACAAAGGAGAUGUGAACCACAAUGACAAACACCAAUUACUGCCAAAUCGUAAUAAGAGAAAUACUUAUGAUACAGCUAACAUGGUAAUAAUGUCGGUAAAUGGAGUCGGGACUGCCUUAUAUACAAAUAAAUAUGAUAAAUGCUCAUGCAGAGAAAAAUUAAAAUGUCCAUUGAUGGAUCUCUGUAUGAGUACAAAUCUUGUAUAUAAAUGUACCAUGCACACAAGGGGAGGAUCGUAUGUUUACAUUGGGUAGAUGGCUGAUUCAUUUAAGAAUCGUUAUCAUAACCAUGUCGCCAGCUUUAAGACAAUCAAUAAGAGACGUUCAACAUCUUUGGCCAAUUUUGUAUGGCGACUGAAGGAGGAUAGUUAACUUGCUUUGUGAUCAUGAGUGCACCAAACCUCACGUGUGCAUAUGCUCACAUUUUCACGGAUUCUUGUAUGAGCAAAUUGUACUCGCACUAUGCAGCUUGCCCAUGGGCAUUUAUACAUCCAUAUUUGUUAACAGUUAUUUUUAAUACUCUUCUCUCUGUAUUGCAUGUUCAUUUCUCUUUUUUUCCAUCUGUGAUUUUAUUUUUGAUUUUCCUCUUUCUGGCUGCUUUUCUUUCU